GUUUCAGUUUUUUUUUGUCGGAAGUGUGACGUUUUCUUUGUCGGAAGCAUAUGUCCUGUGAGUUGCAUUACCAACUUCCUUUUCUACUGUGGCCGCCAUUGAGUAAGGAGCGUGGUUCGUCGGCGAGCCGAGACUAAAAACAUAAAAAUGGCUUGUGCCCGGCCUUUAAUCUCGAUCUACUCCGAGAAAGGAGAAAGCUCAGGCAAAAAUGUUGUCAUGCCUGCGGUGUUCAAGGCUCCCAUCCGCCCCGACAUUGUCAACUUUGUGCACACCAAUAUGCGCAAGAACAGUCGUCAGCCCUAUGCCGUCAGCGGACUGGCAGGUCACCAGACCAGUGCUGAGUCCUGGGGUACAGGCAGAGCUGUGGCCCGUAUCCCCCGUGUGAGGGGAGGUGGUACCCACCGCUCCGGCCAGGGAGCCUUCGGCAAUAUGUGUCGUGGAGGUCGCAUGUUCGCCCCCACCAAGACGUGGCGCCGCUGGCACCGCAGGAUCAACACCACCCAGAAGCGUUACGCCAUCUGUUCCGCUCUGGCCGCCUCCGCCCUGCCCGCUCUCGUCAUGUCCAAAGGACACCGCAUUGAGGAGAUCCCAGAGGUUCCCCUGGUGGUUGACGACAAAGUGGAGGGUUACAAGAAGACUAAAGAGGCCGUGCUGCUGCUGAAGAAACUCAAGGCCUGGAACGACAUCAAGAAGGUGUAUGCGUCACAACGCAUGCGAGCUGGCAAAGGUAAGAUGAGGAAUCGCAGGCGUAUUCAGCGCAAAGGACCGUGCAUCAUCUACAACCAGGACCAAGGUGUCACCAAGGCCUUCAGAAACAUCCCUGGUAUCACCCUGCAGAACGUGAACAAGCUGAACCUGCUGAGGCUCGCCCCCGGCGGUCACGUUGGUCGCUUCUGUAUCUGGACGGAAUCCGCCUUCCGCAAGCUGGACCAGCUCUACGGGACCUGGCGCAAGUCUGCCUCUCUCAAGGUGGACUACAAUCUGCCCAUGCACAAGAUGACCAACACAGAUCUGAGCAGGAUCCUGAAGAGUGAGGAGAUCCAGAAAGCACUCCGUGCACCAAACAAGAAGAUCAGGCGCAGAGUCCUGAAGAAGAACCCUCUGAAGAACCUGAGAAUAAUGAUGAAGCUGAACCCCUACGCCAAGACGGCCAGACGUCAAGCCAUCCUGCUGCAUGACCCGGCUGUGAGUAGAACACCAAAAUGGCCGACCGUGGCGCUCUAACAUAUAAAGACCUGUAUAAUAGGGAAACUGGACCCAAGAUGGCCGAUGGCUAUUUGUUGCAUAGAAAGACCUGUAUAAUAGGGAAACUGGACCCAAGAUGGCCGAUGGCUAUUUGUUGCAUAGUAAGACCUGUAUAAUAGGGAAACUGGACCCAAGAUGGCCGAUGGCUAUUUGUUGCAUAGAAAGACCUGUAUAAUAGGGAAACUGGACCCAAGAUGGCCGAUGGCUAUUUGUUGCAUAGAAAGACCUGUAUAUUAGGGAAACUGGACCCAAGAUGGCUAUUUGUUGCAUAGAAAGACCUGUAUAUUAGGGAAACUGGACCCAAGAUGGCCGAUGGCUAUUUGUUGCAUAGAAAGACCUGUAUAAUAGGGAAACUGGACCCAAGAUGGCCGAUGGCUAUUUGUUGCAUAGAAAGACCUGUAUAAUAGGGAAACUGGACCCAAGAUGGCCGAUGGCUAUUUGUUGCAUAGAAAGACCUGUAUAAUAGGGAAACUGGACCCAAGAUGGCCGAUGGCUAUUUGUUGCAUAGAAAGACCUGUAUAAUAGGGAAACUGGACCCAAGAUGGCCGAUGGCUAUUUGUUGCAUAGAAAGACCUGUAUAAUAGGGAAACUGGACCCAAGAUGGCCGAUGGCUAUUUGUUGCAUAGAAAGACCUGUAUAAUAGGGAAACUGGACCCAAGAUGGCCGAUGGCUAUUUGUUGCAUAGAAAGACCUGUAUAAUAGGGAAACUGGACCCAAGAUGGCCGAUGGCUAUUUGUUGCAUAGUAAGACCUGUAUAAUAGGGAAACUGGACCCAAGAUGGCCGAUAGCUAUUUGUUGCAUAGAAAGACCUGUUUAAUAGGGAAACUGGACCCAAGAUGGCCGAUAGCUAUUUGUUGCAUAGUAAGACCUGUAUAAUAGGGAAACUGGACCCAAGAUGGCCGAUGGCUAUUUGUUGCAUAGAAAGACCUGUAUAAUAGGGAAACUGGACCCAAGAUGGCCGAUGGCUAUUUGUUGCAUAGUAAGACCUGUAUAAUAGGGAAACUGGACCCAAGAUGGCCGAUGGCUAUUUGUUGCAUAGAAAGACCUGUAUAAUAGGGAAACUGGACCCAAGACUCGUAUUGUAGCACACUCGUACCAUCUGUUUACAUUAACCCUGCCCAGGUCCUGUCUAUAUGAGUGUCUCUCUCUACACACAGAUCAAGGCCAAGAUGCUGAAGCCCAAGAAGAAGCCGGCCAAGAAGCCAGCCCCCACCAAGGCAGCCCCCGCCAA